AUGCGUCUUUACUGCGCGGCUCUGAUUACUGCCACCGUCUUGGCGACUGCCAACGCCUCGGUGACAGAUAACUCAAUCGUCAACGCCGCUGAGUACCCGACCGUUGUCCAGAACGACGCCCCUUUCCAGAGGUUCCUGAGGGCCGCGACCGACGAGGACGAAGAGCGGGCCAUCAGCUUCAACUCGAUCCCGGGUGUCGGCAAGGUCAAAAACAUCGUGGACAAGCAGAAGGCGGCGCAAUGGCUCAAGAAAGGGAAAGAGGCGGACGACGUCUUCACCAAGAUGAAGCUCAACAAGGUGCAGGGAGAGAAGCUCUUCGAGAACAAGAAGUUCCUCGCCUGGGUCAAGUACGUGGACGACUUCAACGCCAAGAACCCGGACAAGGCGACGUCCAUGAUCCCGACGCUGACCAAGAACUUCGGCGACGACGUCGUGGCGAGGAUGAUCGAGGCCGCCACCAAGGUCGAGGGCACCAAGAGACUCGCGACCAGCUUGCAGACGCAGCAGAUCAAGUACUGGCAGAGUCUCGACAUGUCGGUGGACGACGUCGUGAGAGCGCUGAAGCUGAACAACAAGGUGGACGACGUUCUCACGGACCCCAACUUCCUGGUACUGAACAAGUACCUGGUGGACUUCAACACGUGGAACCCGAGCAAGUCCACGACCAUGACCGAGACGCUCGCGAGGACCUACGGCGACCUGCCUGUGGCCAAGAUGCUGGCGACCGCGUCGAAGGUCGAGAGUACCAAGGACGUGGCCAAGAGACUGCAGGUGCAGCAGUUUGACAACUGGAAGCAGAUGGGACUGGACAGCGACGACAUCUUUAAGAUGAUGCACCUGGACGAGGGCGUGGCCAACAUGUUCUCCAACCCGGCGUUUAGCGCCUGGGCCAAGUACUUGGACGACUUUAACGCUAACAACCCGGCAAAGAAGACGACGGUGUUCAAGGAACUGCGGCGUCACUUCUCGGACAACACGCUCUCCCAGCUCAUUAUCGCGGCUCAGAAGGUCCCGAGUACAGAGAGGUUUGCUACUAAGCUGCAGAACCAGCACAUCAGGGUCUGGCUGGACCGGAAGGAGCUCCCAGACAGCGUGUUUAAGUUGCUUCAGCUCGACAAGGGCUUGGACGGUCUGCUUACGAACCCGCAACUGAGCGUCUGGGUCAAGUACGCGUCGCAGUACAAGAUGGAGAACCCAUUCACGACGCAGGCGACUCUGAUCGGCACGUUCUCGGCUCACUACAGCGACCAAGCGCUUACGAAAAUGCUCCAAGCGGCGAAGAAGGUCCCGGAAACGAAGAAAAUGGCCACGGACUUGGAGAAGGCGCUGCUCAACAAGUUGAGGCUCAUGCGCACGAACAGGGCGACCUAA